GUGCAUAGAAUACAAGAGAAUGCCCCCCCCACCCGUUUUUUGUAUACACACGGCAUUCUCCGUCAUAUCACGUGUAUAUGUGCACGAGCCAAUUCAAAUACCCUAUCCAAUUCAAAUACCCUAUCCAAUUCAAAUACCCUAUCCAAGACUCUACGCAUCGUUCCAAAACAAGAUAGACUAUCAUUUCAACAACGUAGCCCUCCUGAAGCAGGCAUUCACUGCAGCAGGGGCGCCUGAAUCGCGAUCUGAAACCAACGGGCCGACCAAAAGCAACAAAAACCUCGCACUCGUUGGCGAUGCUGUUCUUCGACUGUGUGUCCUCGAUGAAUGGUUUCCGACUGGGAGUAACACAGAAGUUGGAGACAAUCUCGUGGCAGAUGUCGGAACGAAUGAACACUUAAAGAAUGUAGCGAAGGAGUGGGGUUUAAAAGAAUACAUCAAGAAAAAUCCAUCCCAACAGGAUCAGGAAGCAAAGACUACGCUCGCUUCUACCGUGGAAGGGAUUAUUGGAGCGAUAUGGGUCGAUUCUGAUCGAAAUUUUGGAGCUGUCCAACAUGUUUUAAAGAAACUGUUAUACUAAUUGACGUAUGUGGCUUUGGAGGGAAGGGCGUGACGGAACAUAAAUGUGUUGCUAAGUCGAUAAAAGUGAAGGGCUGCUCUCGAGUGUUGGUGCCCAACAGUAAGGUCAUAUGAAGAGAGCGG